CACGAUAGAGGGCGCUGUCUCGUUAGCGUUGCCACGUUGCUCAACCAAUGACGUGGAUUUUCAUUGAGAGGCAGUCAGAGCUCCAAAUAUACAACUCUAACAGAGAUUAUUCUUCGAUUGGCUUAUAUUUACACCCCGAAACGCUCGAUUUCUGUCUCCUUUUUGUCAUUAUUGGACUUAGUUCUUCUCCGGCUGUUGUACCAGGUGAGCAGUCAGACUGCAGGAUGAGUAAACCCAAAGUAUUAAACCUGAAGGAUAAAAUCAGCGGGAAUGAGGCGGACCUGAGCCUGUGCAACCUGAGUGAAGUGCCAGUCAGAGAGCUCUCUUUAUUUCCUAAAGCCACAGUCGUGGACCUUUCUUGUAACAACAUCAUCUCCCUUCCUCCAGAGUUUUGCAGCCUCAUCCAUUUAGUGAAGCUUGACCUGAGUAAAAACCAGCUUACCUGUUUGCCAGAUGACCUGGGGAACCUGGUGAACCUACAACACCUGGACCUUUACAACAACAAGCUGAUGGUCCUGCCUGUCAGCUUCUCUCAGCUCAGGAGUCUGAAGUGGCUCGAUCUGAAGGAUAAUCCUCUGGAGCCUGGUUUGGCCAAAGCGGCAGGAGACUGUCUGGAUGAGAAGCAGUGCAAACAGUGUGCCUCUAAGGUCCUACAGCACAUGAGAGCCAUACAGGAAGACUAUGAUCGUGCACGAGAGAAACGCCUGUUGAAAGAAAAAGAGCUGGAGAGGAAGAAGGAAGCGAAGCAGAAAGAGCGGGAGGCCAGAGAAAGGGAAGCUCGCAAACGGGAGAAAGCAGAGGAAAAGGAGAGGAGAAGGAAGGAGUACAACGCUCAGGUGGCGGCUCAGGCUGUGCAGGAGCAGCAGAAGAAGAAGAGCGAGGAGAAGAAGAAAAAGAAUGGGCAAGCAAAAAAUAAAAAGGUCGACGUGAAACCAGCAGCUAAAUCACAGCGUUCUCUCGUUGGCUGGACUUUUAAGCUCCUCCUCCUGCUGACGCUGGGAAUAGCCGGAGUUGCUGCCGCAUGUCGGCUGACCGACCUGAGGAGGGAAGAGGUCUGCGUGCCGAUCAACGCGGCCGUGGACGACUGUUUAUCCUGGGCCAAAGUGCAGGAGGGCGUGGUCAGACAGCUGCUACGCAAUCUGUCAUCCGCUGCUAAGGACCUCCUGGAGUCCACACAAACAUCGAAGAACUAAACGCUGCCAUCAGAGACGAGAGCUGCAGGCUUUUCCUGGUGUCUCUGGGAUGUUUUUUAACAUGUGGAAAUUGUCGUUCCCGUUUGCGAUGCCGGGAUGUGGAAGUUCCUGCACAGAGACUUAUUCCUAUGGAAUUACUGUCAAAAUCUUUAUAUGGCCUGUUUUAUUUACAUCAGCUAAAUAUCUCCCUGUGGACGGCGUUUUGCACUUUACAUUAAUCGAAGCGGAGGCUGCCCUUGAGGUCUUCAGCUAAAUGUGAAGCGGACACGUCUGUGCUGCUCUGGAGUGUCGUCAGACGUGUGUGCGCGUGCCAAAGCUUGUCGGAGCAUGUGCAGUGCCUUCUCCAUCUAGGCCGCUGUUCCUGUCGAAUCUCGCAGGUGAACGCUGUAAAUGCUUGCAGCUGGUAAUUGAGUCAUUUUUCCUACAUGACAAAUAAAAAACAGGCACAUUUUUGCCAAAGAUGCAAGAAAGUGAGUUUUCAUGUCAUUUCUGAGGAGCAAACUAUUGUUUUCACUAGAGCUUAAAGGUUACCUGCCCUAAUUUAACAUGGAUUCAUAUUAAAAAUUGAAUGGUUAAAACAUUUCAGACGGAUUAAAAAAGCUGAAGAUUUUUAUUAUUUUUUUAAAGAUGUUUCUGCAGCCAGUACAUUUGUCUGUGUGAAAAUAUGUUUUUACAUUAAAAUUUCGGAACUGAAUGAGAGAACCAGUGUAUAUAAAGGUAAAAUAAAAAUGUAAAUUUUUAUUAAUUUGGGAGGGACAAUGCACAGUAACAAUUCUACAAAUGCCACAAUUAGCGAAAAAUCUAUUAUUCUGUCAUCCCUGGACAAUGAGUAAUUUAUAUUGCUAAAAAUAAAAUAAAAACUUUAAUAUUUACAUUAUGCCGGCCUCUGAGCACGUUCAAUAAAUGACUUACAAAUACCCUUUUAAAUUUUUCCAAAUCUUUCUAUGUUCUUGGGAAUUUGCAUCAGGAAACAAUCAAAUGGCAGU